GACGCUUAUUCCUCGACCAUAUAUAUCGGCGCCGUCGUGCGGCGCGUAAGUACGACGCCGAUAGUCUUGUUCCGAGGUGUACACGGCGAGAUAUGUCGCCGUUCAAGGAGCCGCUCUCCCGCAUGCCAAGUGACGAUAAGUAUUCGCUCAGUAGAUCGAUGAGGGGCAGGAAGUCGCCGGGUGACGCGAGGGAUAUACGCACGAAUUUCAGUGAGAAUGACAAAAGGGGCGAUUACGAAUUAGGCGCUUACGGCUACGGCAAGAACAAUGUCAAGUUGUUGUACGUGCAUCGGGACAACGAGUUGCACCACAAGAUUCGCGAGUACGAGGUCGACACGCACCUGCGUCUGAGCUCGCAGAGGGAUUACCUCGAGGGCGACAAUCGCGACAUCAUCGCGACGGACAGCCAGAAGAACACGGUGUACCUGAUGGCGAAGAAGCACGGCAUCCACUCGCCCGAGGCAUUCGCGCUUCUGCUCUGCUCCCACUUCCUCUACAUGUACGAGCAGGUGGAGGAAGUCAGCAUCAACGUCGAGGAGUACCCGUGGGCCAGGUACAACGUUGACAACCGGCCGCACAAUCACGCCUUCAUUAUGUGCCCCACCGCGACGAGAUUCUGCCAAGUCAGCCAGCUCAGAAACGAAUCGCCACGAAUACGCGGUGGUUUAAAGGGGCUGCGAGUGUUGAAGACCACGCAGAGCUCGUUUACAGACUUCAUUCAGGACGAGUACAGGACGCUGCCGGACAUGAACGAUCGUAUUUUCAGCACCGUCGUCACGGCGACCUGGGACUUCUCCACCGCGACCGGGGUGGACUUCGACGGCGUGUGGUACAUGGUGAAGGAAUGCAUUAUGCAGAAUUUCGCGGGUCCACCGGACACGGGCAUCUAUUCGCCCAGCGUGCAGAAUACGCUUUAUCUCGCGGAGAAGUGCAUACUUGAUAAAGUCAAGCAAAUUUGUAGCAUCGAGAUGCAAAUGCCGAACAGGCAUUACUUCGAUCUGGAUCUCAGCAAAUUCACCAAAGUCAUACAAGGGCAGAACAAGGAGGUUUACCUGCCCAUGGAUAAGCCGUCGGGUAUUAUUUACGCUCAAUUAAACAGAAAGGAUUUCUCCUCCAAAUUGUAGACAUUAUUGAGUUAUUAAUAAAGUUUAAGUUUUAUAAUAGUCAA